CGGGCUAAUCUUCCGAGAUUCAAACAAAGGAAGCUCUCUCUCUCUCUCUCCCACUCCCAAAACCCUCGAAAAGAGAGAGAAUGCAGCGCGGGAAGGAGCAAUCCAUUCAUCGGAGAAUGGUGGAUCUGCGGCUUAUCUGUGACAGAGAGAUUCAAAUCCAUCAGCAGAGAGCGGUUUCCGCCACGGAUUCCUUCCGCAAAUCCCUGCAAUCUAUCAAGCUCUGUUCUGAAGAAAACGCUCCAAAUCAAGCAAAACUUGGAAAGCUUAAAGAUCAUCUCAGACAACUGGAGGAUGAAUUUGUUAAGUCUCUAGCAGUGAAGACCCGUAAAGAGGCCGGGCGUAUUGCUACUAGUGAAUCUCUUUCUGCUGCAAAAGCAAGGACUGAAGAACUUAAGAAAAUUGUGCAAGAUCAACGGUCUAGGAGGGACGAAUAUUCAGCAAUCAUAUCUCAACAAUUGCUGGCUUUUGCAGAACUUGAAAAACAGAAUAAUCAAGAUAUCAAUCACUUAGAAGAUCUAGAAAAAGCCAUUUCAUGGUACAACAGUGUCCUUGGCUUCCGAAUCGAAGCAGGAAAAGGAGUCAAGUUCAUAUUCAACAAAAUUGACAUGGAAAAUCCAAAUAAGGAAUACUCGUUCACCAUUCGGCACGAGAAUGAUACCUACACCUUGCUGAAUUGUGAGCCUUACAAUGAAGACACCAAAGGGUUGAUGCGAGAGUUGAACCAAACUAAUGGUUUGUUCAAGUUUGUGAGAAUGAUGAGAGAGAGGUUUCUUGUGACUGCAUCAAAAGGAACUGUACAUCGACCCACCACUCCUCAACCAGAAUCACCUACAUUAACUAUGUCGGUUCCUACUUCAAUUUUCUCAAGCAGUAGAAGCGAAUCAGUAACAAAGCAAAAUGAGUGUCUAACUGAAUCUCAAGCUGAACUCGACAGACCCCUGAAAAAAGUUAAUCAUGGUGGUCGUGGUCGUAAGCCAGCAACUUCAUCUCCCAAAUCUGCAUCAUCUCUUCGUCGGAGUCCACGCCUUAAGGGAAGAAAAUGACCAUGGGAGCAGAAGCACAUGUCAUUGCUCCUGAUGAGAUCAGCCAUGUAUCGCAUGCUCCGACCUGUUCGGCUAGCUGGUCAUGAUCAUGACCAUGUGACGUUGGGUCUGCUUGGUGAGACUGGCCUGUAGAAUUAUUUAUUUGUUUUUGUUUCUGUUUAUGUCUCAUGUGUUUCAACAGGAUUCCACUGCGAGUUGAUGUGGAAAAAAGCUUGACACAGUGCUGUUAACACAAUUGUCUAACCUCAUUCUGUAAGUCCAAAUGCCCAUAUGGUUGUAAUUGAUGCAGCUCCCAUGUGUUGAAUGUAUGAACUCUUUUCAACUCCAACAUGUUGUUUAAUUUUAUCAAUGCCAGUUUUCCCCUUCA